AUGGAUCCAGACGCAGACGACGGAGCGGCCGUCAUGCAAGCAAUGGGAUUUUCAUCCUUCGGCGCGCAAGACAGACCGCAGAAGAAGAGAAGAUGCAGCUCCGCGGAAGACGACGACAACAACAACAACAACAACAACAACAACACGCGGUUUUCGCAGCCUGGACGCGCUCGCGAUGCCCCAACGGGAUCCAACUCUGUCCCGGCUGGGAAACCACAAGCAGGAGAAUCCAACGCCAAGCCGUCGACCAACACGCUCGAGAUUGAUCUGGGCGGAGAUGACGACGAGAAUGAGCGAUGCCAGGAGGCAAGGCCACCUUUGGCGCAAGCUUGCGGAGAAACCCUGGCCCAAAAGGUGGGAAAUCAUGCUGCAGGACUGCCGGCCCGUCCCAUCCCAUUGACGGGAUCUGCUGCAUCAACUUCGCAUCCGCCUCACAAACGUCCACAUGGGCUUUGGUAUGAGGGAUACUACGACACCACCUCGAAUGAGAAUCCGUGGGAACAUCUUGAGAAAGCCAUGGGGCUCGAAACGGGCGUUUCUUGGGUUGCCAGGAAAUCACAAACACCAGCGGCGACUUGA